AAAAAUUUAAAGCAUCGCGGUCUUCUGUUGGAGUCUUCCAGUUCCAGAUCAUUUAUUUAUUUAAUGCCGUGACAGAAAAUACUAGAGGUAGCUUAUGAAUACGCCACGCGUGGCAAGUGGCGACCAUGGAGUCCGAAGCCAACUCACGGGGUCCAGGCGUAUUUCCCAAGCAAAAACCCCACAGAACUCUAUAAAUAUACUUCUGACAGACUCUCUUUCAAUUUUCAUUCCUGUCCUGAAAAAAAUUUACUUUUCUGUGCUUGCGCUUUGAUCAUUUCAAUAUGCCUCGCCGUAGCCGCAGCUCUAGAGGAGGAGGUUCAAGCCGGCCUGCUGCAGCUCGUUCUCCCCCAAGAAGUCGGCCUCCCAAGCCAGCUGCUCAAUCACCACCACCAGCUCCUGCAAAAGUUGCCAAUUUAUCCGCAAUCGGAGGUUUAGGUGCUGCUAUUGCUGAUGGCGUGGCUUGGGGAACUGGAACUGCUCUGGGUCGCAGGAUUGCUGAUGCUGUCAUGGGUCCUCCAGUGAUCCGCCAUGAAGCUGUUGCUUCAUCUGCCCCUGCAGCUAUGCCCUUGGAGAACACAAUCAGUAAAGUUGAUGCAUGUGAUAGACAAGCCAAGGCCCUCCAAGAGUGCCUGAACAACUAUGGAAGUGAUAUUAGCAAGUGCCAAUUUUACAUGGAUAUGAUGCAAGAAUGUCGCAGGAGCUCUGGGGUUAGGUUGAAUGCUUGAGUUGAUUACCAUGAAAGCGUUUUCGCCAUCUUUUAGGUUGUAGGCAGUAGUAUUUGAUGGGUGUCUGAUGUUUUGCCUAUUAUCUGGAGAGGGAUUUUGCUGGUGGAAAUUGCCACUGGAUGUAAUUAUCUUCUCCAUUUUCCUGUAAACCAACUGCUUUCAUUGUCAUUAUAGUUACUGCAUUAGAGUUUUUAUCUCACCAAAUUUAUCGAUGCAAGUUCUGUGAAUCAAUUAAUCAAUUCAGGGAUUUAGCUA